UGUUGUAUUCUAAGGGUGAAACUGUAAUCUUUGCGCUCUACUCUUUUUCUGCCCUCUCUCAGUUAAGGAAUCUAUGAUUUUGUUCAUUUUCCCUCCCUGAAAAUCUCGAUGAAAUCGAAGUAAGAUCUUCUAAAAAUCCCAACUUUCUCAUCCUAAUCUCUUCAGUAAGGCAAACCCACAAGAUCCCCUCGUAAAAUCUGAAAUUUAUGCAUAUAAAUGGCACAAAGAACCUUAAACCACCAUCGUCAAACACUGGAAUCCUUCACUUACCAACUCCAUACUUGGAAACCAUUUCAAUUCCAAACCCUAACGAAACCCUUUACAGAUUCACACAAAAGACCAUGUUUAUCAGAUCGAACAACAACAGCAACAACAACAACAAUUGACACUCUAGACAUGUCAAAAUUGAGUUUAAUCGAAGAUGAAAAAAGACCAAAGAAAAAAGAGAAAUUUCAAUGGUUCGCUUCUGCUAAGAAAAGAAGAAGACACGGGUCAAGAUCAGUAUCAGGAAGAAGUACUAGUGAUAGGAGUGGUACUAGAAGGUGUUGUUCAGUUGGAGCAUCAGCAGCUCAUGCGACUUGUUCUGAUUUUGUGGUUGCUGCAACGAAUACUGAUUCCAGUGGUGAAUUGUUCGUUAAUGCAGGAGGUGGUGGCGGAGGUGAAGGGAAUUGGUCUUCCUCUGAUGUUAGUGAAGUAAAGAAUAGUAGAAAGGAUAAGAAAGAUUGUGGGGGUGGAGGUGGUGGUGGUGGUGCUUGUGAGAAGGGGGAGAGUUUGAGUUCUGGUGGGGUUUGGCAAAUUGGGGGUUUUGAUAAUCAAGGGAAUGAAAGUGGGUAUGGUAGUGAACCUGGUUAUCGGGGUGAUGCUGAAUUUGGAUAUGGUGAUGAAUUUGAUGAAGAGGAAGAUGAUGGUAGAGUUUUGUUUUGGGGUGAAAGGUCUAGAGAUACAGAUUGCAACAUGGAACUGGUUGAAGAGAACACAUUUUUGGAUCAAAAAUCUCAUUACAGAUGCAGGCGUAAGAAGCAUGACUGGAGAAUGGCAGUUGAUCCACCACGGUUAGCAGGUGUGCUCUACUUUAAAUAACAAGUUCAGAGCAGGUGUAGGGUCAAAUUCAUGGUAACCAAGGUAUGAGCUCCUUACUUCCCUCAAGCCAUGCACUCUCAAUUGAAAAUGGAUGGAAAGGACAGUAUAUGAUGGGAUAGAAACUAGGAAUCCUGAUGAACUUCAAACUGUUGAAUUUUUUUUAGGUGAAUGACAUAGUGAAGUACUGGUCAUCUUGAAUGUGUACUUACCGUAUUUUAGUAAUUGUGUGUGUACUAAAACCUAGCACUAAUUUCUUAUGUAAAUCUGACAAGCCAAUCCGUAUAGACAAGCUUCAGAGAAACGAAAUUAAGUUAAGAUAUAUCCAUAUUGUAAGUUCCUUUUGUGUAUUCCACUGUUCCAGAGUUUAAGUUUCUUUCAUUACCACAGAAGGGAUAGUGACAUGGGAUAAAUACUAAGAUAAAAGAUCUUUUGCAAGUUCGACUUGUAUAUGCCACUAAGAUCACACGGAUAUAUCCCCGUUUUGUCCUGCCAAUUGCAUGUCCCACAUAGAAAGAGCUAGUAAUAGUAAUGUGCUAAGUGACAAGCAGACCUUAUCUCAAGGUUGUGAUUAUAACUGACAAGCAGGCGUAAAAAUAAGAAUCUUAUCUUAAUGGUACUAUAUUAGCAUGAAUUUGUUUUAGGAACACUGGAAUUGCAAAUUAGAAGGUGAAACUAUUACUAGCUAGUUAAACGGAUUUCACAUGUCUUCUGC